UGCUGGGUCCCAGGCCUCUCUGGAGAUGAACCUUUGCUGGAAUGAGAUAAAAAAGAAAUCCCAUAGCCUUCGGGCUCGGCUUGAGGCUUUUUCCGACCACAGUGGGAAGCUUCAGGUGCCUCUUGAGGAGAUCAUAGACUGGCUGGGGCAGAAGGAUGAGGAGCUCUCAGCACAGCUGCCUCUGCGGGGUGAUGUCGUCCUGGUGCAGCAGGAGAAGGAGACACACAUGGCUUUCAUGGAAGAAGUGAAAUCUAGGGGACCAUAUAUUUACUCUGUCCUGGAGUCAGCACAGGCUUUCCUUUCCCAGCAUCCAUUUGAGGAAUUAGAAGAACCAACUUCAGAAAGCAAAGAUGUCUCACCACGGCAGAGGAUCCAAAACAUCAGCCGCUUUGUCUGGAAACAGGCAAACGUGGCCAGCGAGCUGUGGGAGAAGCUCACGGCACGGUGCGUGGACCAGCACCGUCACAUUGAACGGACACUGGAGCAGCUGCUAGAGCUUAAAAGGGCCAUGGAGGAGAUUAGCAUGGCCCUGGACCAGGCUGAAAGUGUGUGUGAAACUUGGGAACCCAUCGGGGACCUCUUCAUUGACUCCUUGCUAGAGCAUAUCCAGUCAACCAAGCUGUUCAAAGAGGAGCUCUCUCCCAUGAAGGAUGGGGUGAAAGCAGCCAAUGAUCUUGCACACCAGCUUGCCAUCUCAGAUGUCCACCUGUCCAUGGAGAACUCCCGUACUCUGGAGCAGAUCAAUACACGCUGGAAGCAGCUUCAGGCCUCCAUAAAUGAACGCCUGAAGCAGCUCCAAGAUGCCCACCGGGACUUUGGACCAGGCUCCCAGCACUUUCUGUCCUCCUCUGUCCAGGUUCCCUGGGAGCGAGCCAUAUCCCCCAACAAAGUGCCCUACUACAUCAACCACCAGGCUCAGACAACAUGCUGGGACCACCCAAAGAUGACAGAAUUGUAUCAGACGCUGGCUGAUUUGAAUAACAUCAAGUUCUCAGCAUAUCGAACUGCUAUGAAACUACGACGGGUGCAGAAAGCCCUGCGAUUGGACAUGGUGAGCCUGGCUACAGCCUUGGAAAUCUUCAACGAGCAUGACCUGCAGCCCAGCAACAAGGCGAUGGAUGUGGUGGAGGUCAUCCACUGCCUGACCACUCUCUACGAGAGGCUGGAGGAGGAGCGAGGCAUCCUGGUGAAUGUGCCACUCUGUGUGGACAUGAGCCUCAACUGGCUGCUGAAUGUCUUUGAUAGUGGCCGCAGCGGGAAGAUGAGGGCUCUCUCCUUCAAGACGGGCAUUGCAUGUCUGUGUGGGACAGAGGUCAAGGAGAAGUUUCAGUAUCUCUUCAGCCAAGUGGCUAAUGCUGGUGGACUCUGUGACCAGCGGCACCUUGGCAUCCUGCUCCAUGAGGCCAUCCAGGUCCCACGCCAGCUGGGGGAGGUGGCAGCAUUUGGGGGCAGCAACGUGGAGCCCAGCAUCCGCAGCUGCUUCCGCUUUAGCAAUGGGAAGCCUGCCAUCGAGGUGUCCCAGUUCCUGGAGUGGGCCAAUCUGGAGCCACAGUCCAUGGUGUGGCUGGCCGUGCUGCACCGGGUGACCAUGUCUGAGCAGGUGAAGCACCAGACCAAGUGCUCAGUCUGCCGGCAGUGCCCCAUCAAGGGCUUCAGGUAUCGGAGCCUGAAGCAGUUCAAUGUGGAUAUCUGCCAGACUUGCUUCCUUACGGGACGAGCCAGCAAGGGCAACAAGCUGCACUACCCCAUCAUGGAAUACUACACCCCAACCACAUCUAGUGAGAACAUGAGAGACUUUGCCACAACACUGAAGAACAAGUUUCGGUCCAAGCAGUAUUUCAGCAAGCACCCACAGAGAGGUUACCUGCCUGUCCAGUCCAUACUUGAAGCUGACUUCUCUGAGACACCAGCCUCCUCCCCGAUGUUACCACAUGCUGACACCCACUCCCGGAUCGAGCACUUUGCCAGCAGGCUUGCAGAGAUGGAAAGCCAGAACUGUUCCUUCUUCAGUGACAGCCUGUCCCCUGAUGAUAGCCUGGAUGAGGACCAAUAUCUGCUGCGUCAUUCCAGCCCCAUCACUGACAGAGAGCCUGGAGACAGCCAGUACAUUCCAGGAAGCCUCAACAUAGAAGAUAAAGGAGAACUGGAGCGAAUUCUGGCCCACUUAGAGGAUGAAAAUAGGAUACUCCAGGGAGAGCUGAGACGUUUGAAGUGGCAGCAUGAUGAGGCAGUAGAGUCUCCAGUGCUGGCUACAGACUCCCCUGAGUCAGUGCAAGACCCAUGUAAUGAUGAGCUCCUGGCAGAAGCACGAAUCCUCCGGCAGCACAAGAGCCGUCUGGAGACACGGAUGCAGAUCCUGGAAGAUCAUAACAAGCAGCUGGAGUCCCAGCUGCACCGGCUGAGGGAGCUGCUGCUGCAGCCUCCACCACAGUCAGAUAGCAAUGGUUCAGCAGCCUCUUCCUUGGCUUCCUCUCCACAUCAGUCUGAAGGCAGCCAGGCAAAGGAGAAAGGUUACAACAUCCCUGACACCAAAGAUGCAGACAAGGUGGAAGCCAAAACCCAGGAAGUUAGCAUGUGUCUGGAAGACAUCAUGGAGAAGCUGCGGAGCGCCUUUCCCAACUCUCAAGGUACUCGAAUGAAAUCUUCCUCUCUGGCUCUCAGAUGAAGUUUUCCCCAUGGACCCCCGCCCCAAUCCCAGCUUCACCUGGUCCUAGCUUCCCUACAAUGGCUGAUCCACAACCAUGCCCUUGCACAACCAAGAGCUGUGCUUCUGUGGCACUGCUGGGACUCUGCUGGGCACAGAGAGGAUGAGGAGAAUGUUUGACACCUGCAAGGAGAGGUGAUCAGAGCUGCCAAGACUUCAGAUCAACCAGAUUCCCCCAGAUGUGCUCCUGGGCAGCUUCCUGCCCUGUUUGGUUGGGAUGCUGCACCCUGCAGGGCUCCCUGCUCUGAAGAUGGACAAACCUGGCAGCAUCAGGUUUGCAACGAUCACCUUGAGCUGCUUUCUCACAUCAUCCCUGCCCAGACCCUUCUCCAGGGAAGGUUGAGGCCUCAGUUACCUAGCAAGAUGAGAGAAAUGGUGCAAGCUGUUCAUGGAUGGCUAUUCCCAGCUGGUAUGAGGACCAUGGGAUGUGUGCAGAGAUGGUGCUCCACUUGCCCAGCUGGGUUUGGUGGAGCUUCUGCUGUCCCUCUGUGCUCCAGCACUGGAGCAGUGCACAGUCCCACACCUAGGCUGCCCAUGUGUGUCUGUAGGAGAUAUUGCUUGUUGCCAGCACUAACACCAAGUUGGGGAGAUCUUCCCCAAGCGGGCAGAGGCCCAUGCAUACCCUCUCCCACUCUCUGCAAUCCCUGAGCAGGAUCCUCCUAGCUCUGCAGCAGCCUUGUUCUAACCAGGUGGCUCCAGGUCCUCUUUUUCUGACCUCCAUUUCUCUUUCAGGUAUGACCUCCCUUAUCUAACACUUCCUGUGAGCCAGAGGCUUUUUCUAAGCUGGCUGCUUUCCCUCCCCUUGGCAGGAGCAUUCCUGCCAUGCUCCCUGUGCUGUGGCAGACCUUGCACAGACUCCCUCCAAGUUUGUUGUGCAGGAUGUGUGCAAGCUCUCGAAGAUCUCAGGGGAACAUAGAUCAGGUGGGAUCAAGACUUUGGCCUAACCAGGAUGCUGGCUUGGUCACUCAGACACAGUAUCCCAGCCUGGGUGGAAAGGAUCAGAAGGAAGAAGUGAAGCCAUGGGAGCUGCCUGUCUGCCCUGGCACUCCUGGCCUGCUGCCUUUGACUGCAGCCCUUAGGGGAUCCAGAGCUCAGCAUCCCCUUCCUCUCCAGUUGUGCCCAGGGGCCUCCAAGUUUAUGGGCACAAAAACACUUAUAGAGCCACUUUUUUAAAAGAACUUUUUCUAACAGCAUCCAGCUGCCAACCUUACAAACUGAACACUCUCUCGCCACCCUGUGCUCCACAGCCAGACAGACAUCAUCUGGUGGGAAGAGUCUGCAAGUUUUUUUGGGUAGAGAUGAGUCCACGUUAGAGCUUCAGUCCAGCUAGCAGCCUCAUCUUGAGAGUGUCUUCAUAACAGAGCCUUAUCUAAUUUGCAUAUAUAUAUAUUAUGUACAUAAAUACUCUCAUGGACUCACUCCAUUAAAUUAUAAUACUGUAAGGGCAGCUGCCUUUCACUUUCAAUCCAAUCCAACAUCUGCUCCGGUGUGGAUCAGCACCUUCCUCAUUUCUGGUGCUGCCUUGAGCAGGGCUGCUGCGAGGAGAGCUCAGCAGAGGAGCAGACUGGCAGCAGAUGCCCUGUCCUGCCUGCUUUCCUGGGGAGCUGUGCCUUAGCUGUGGCACAGAGAGCCUGUUCUCUCCAGACCUGGCUCCAUCCCUGGAGAGUCUCAGGUGAGCCCCAUGUUGCUCCAGGAAUUCUUUUCUGCAGCCACAGCUCUAGCCUUGGGGACGCUGCUGUGAUGCAGGAGGGCAGUGGUGCCAGCAGGCAGCUGCAGAGGCAGGGCACCUCCUUUCCACACCCAAGGAGCAGCUGCCUUACUGCUGUCCCCCAGUUUGAGCUGGGCUGAGUGGUUGGAGGCACUUGUUGGAAGGAGGCAUGUCCUGCUGGGCACUGGAGGAGGCUGUCCUGGAAGCUGGCAGGGUAGCUCAGUGAUGGUGGCUUCUGGUCCCAACCACUCCCUCAGGCAGGAUGUCUCAAUGGUGUGUUAUGUCGAGAAAGAGGUAGAGUCAGGUGCUGUGGUGUGCCCAGAGCAGAUGCUGAGGUGGUCCCGGUACUCUGGGGUCACAGACUGCAGUGGACUGAGGUGCCUGAGCCCUAAGGACAGGUGCAGGAAGGACUGCAUGGAUGUGAAGCUUCCUGCCCAAAACAGGGCUUGCUGCAAGGACAGGGUCUGUUGUUGCUGGCUGGCACAGGAUGAUCUUUUUUGGGACCAAAUCAGUGUGUGGGGCCAUAGGACUCUGUGUGGGUGGUUGGCUUUCGUGUGCUGGCAAGGGUGUGAAGCAGUGCCCAUUCUGGGGUUAGACACCUUACAGCCAGGUGUUUGGGGUCUUGUGCUGCAAUCUGCUGGAAGCAGUGUGGGUUGCUGACCUUGCUGUCCCCUCUCAUGACUGGAUGACCAGCACAGGUGCAGUAGUGGUGGCAUUUGUGUUAGCUGUAAACUGUGUCAGGCUGCUUGUUUGACCAUGGUGAGGGGACUGUAUGCCAGCCUAUGGGACCCAGCUGUCUCCCCCUGUAAUUCCAGGGAAUUAUAGAGAGGGGAGGAGUAAGGUUUUGGCCUGAGUUCAAGUGUACCAAGCCGGGGGGGGGGGAGCUGGAAUAAGGAAAAGGCAGCAGAUGAAGGCAGAGCUGCCAGCCUGGGUGCCAGGUUGGUUGCUCAGGCUGUCAGGUGCAGGGUGAACAUGCUGUGAGCUGGGAUGUGGCAGGGAGGGAGAGCAAGCUACCUAAUGCUCUGCUAUCCAUGUACUGUGGUGCUGCUGCCCUCACUGCUUUGCAUCAUCUGGAAAGAAUAAAUUUAUACUGAGACUUGGA